GUGGCCAGCCAUGCACCAACUGCAGGCUCGGCAAUCACGCAUGCAGACCGCAUCAAAGGAAGCGCAAGCGUUACACGCUGAGUCCCAGCCCUCGGGUCUGUGACGGUCCAGAGCCAUGCACGCCAAACACAUCUGGCGCCACUGGGCUCACGGUAACCUCAGACGUCAACACCACAGGUCUCCAUCACGUUGCAGCACAGGCCGUGUCGCCGCGUUCCCCAGACACGCAGGACUCAAUCGCUCCGAAAGCUUGCGAGAUACCGAGCGUCGGUAGGAGCUAUGAUGGCCGAAGCGAGUAUCUAGGAGACCAGGUGCCGUUCAUGGAGCCUCUGCAGGCAUCCCAUAGUGGCCUGGACACAGUACAUGGGCUUCCACACCUCGACAUUCGGUUCUUGACACUCAGAAAGGCUUUUGAUCUCCCAUCUCGAACAAUGCGUGAAAGUCUCAUCGACGCUUUCAUGGAGCAUUGCCACCCGUGGACCCCAAUAGUCGAGAGACGUUGGUUGGAAGAAACGGCCCAGCGCCGACCAUCGCUGUUGCUGCUGCAAGCCGUGUUUCUGGCUGGAAGCCGAGUUUUGUCGAGUCCGCUCGUACACACAUCAUCAUCAUCACCCGAGUUCUACGACAGGGCGAGAGCGCUCUUCUUCCAUGGACACGAGAAGAACACCACCCUUGCCAUCGUUGCCGUGUGCCUUUUGCAGUGGUGGAACCCGACCGGGCCCGAACGGUUCUCGGUCAACACGAGCGGCUUUUGGGUACGCAUCGGCGUUGAGCUGGCCUACCAGGUGGGACUUCACAAGGAGCCGGCAGACGGGCCCUUUAAAAGCUUUCGGCGUCGGCUGUGGUGGACGUUGGUUAUUCGCGAUAGCAUCAUCUCAGUGGGGACUGGUCGACCAAGGACGAUCCACCUCGAAGACAGCACGAUGAAGCCACCGAGCCUGGAAGACUUUUCCGUGCAAAAUAUCCAAGCUCGCUUGUUCAUUGCAUAUGCGUCCAUUUGCAGACAAAUGGGAGACAUAGCCGAGGCCCACAGGCGACACGCCCUCACUCCCUCGACAAGACAACGUUUCGAAGAUGCCUUGUUUCGGUGGCUCAAGCAACUACCCCAACAGCUGCAUAUUGUCCACCAGCGCGAUGGAGCACAGACGCUCGCACCGUACAGCUUUGAAGCCCGCCAGCUCGCGGUCCCUUACUUUGUUUCGCUCGCUUUGCUCAACCGGAAACCGAAAGCGCAGGCAUCCGCUCCCACUAUUUGUCUAGUCGCGUCCUCGUAUGUCGUGGCGAUUAUUGAGGAGUUUAUUUGCCGGGAUCAACUGCGCCAUCUGGGACCAGUCUUCACCUUCUAUGCACUCGUUACUGGCCUGAACCAACUCACCUCAUUUCGCUACGGGUCUUUGCAAGGGACGGCGGAGCAUGAGUUCAAUGUGGUCAAGGUAGCACUCGAGGAGCUUGGCAAGCGUUGGGGUUCGGCCCACGGAGCACUUCGAGGACUGAUCAGAGCCAAAGAAGCAGUUCAACAGCAGCCGCGCCUCUCCAGACAACCACCCAUCCUAUCUCCGGAAGAGACCGUCUUCUUCACAAACUUUGGCCCUGAGCUGUGCAGGAUGUGGGAAAUAGGCUUUGGGAUUGCGACGAGUCACGGAGACACCGCUGCCGCUGUCACACCCAGAGAUUCGAAAUCAUGGGAUUUCACCACGACGGCUGAUGACGACAUUUCGCAUCAGCUCCAAACUCCAGACUUGGUCCAGGGCCCAAAACCCCCCUCAAGCUCCAUAGAACUUCGCCAAGGAGCUUUGGUGGAUGUGUCUGCAUGCGGGUACGAAGACAUGACCCAAUUUGAGGAUCCUUUGGUACCGUCGGAGGGAUUCUGGUUGUUUGAGGAUCUGGAACUGCCCACCUUGUUAUCGGAUCCGUUUGUUCCCUGAGCGGGCAGGAUGUAUGCAGGCAUUUCUCGGCGUGAAAUACCCCGAGGCCGGUGUAGAUUCUGCACCUCUCACAAAGAUGCCCUACAAAUUGUACCUAAAUAGCGGCGAGCGAUCGUCCAUCUGUUCCAGUUCCUCAGCGGAGUGUUUUGAU